AAUUAUUGUAUUGCUUUAUCAGCUGCAUAUAAUUAUUUAUUGAAUAUACAUAUUACGACUUUUAAGAAUUCCGAUAAUCUAACACCCGUCGAUUUACAUCUCGAUGAUGAAGUAACUGAGUCGAGUGCUCCUGCAAAAUUGGCAUUUUCGGUUACACCCGAAGAAGCUGAACCAACUCCCGUUCUCGGUGAUCGGUCGAAAAUUAAUAUUAUAAUUAAUCAAUAUGAAAAAAAAGGUGACGGUAUCAAUGCGUAUCUCGUCUACAGAAUAGUCACCACUACUGAAAACGUAUUGGGAUACGCAAACAGAGAAUACGAAGUUUGGCGACGUUUCAGUGAUUUUCUUGGAUUGCACGAGAAGUUAAUGGAAAAACAUUUCCAAAAAGGCAUUCUCGUUCCAGCCGCCCCCGAAAAAAGUAUCGCAGCUUUUACCAAAACGAAAAUGAAUUCAGGUCCAGAUGAACAAAUCAAUAAGGAGUUUGCCGAGCGUCGUUCACGUGCACUGCAACGUUUUUGUAUGCGUAUUGCACGUCAUCCAAGAUUGGUUUCUGAUUGCGACUUCCGUGACUUUUUAACAUUAGCUGCACCGUUGCCGAGAGCAAAUUCAACGGCUGCAUUGAGUGGUGCAGGUGUGAAGCGUAUGUUUAAAAGUGUCGGUGAUGUUUUUUCAAAAAUGGCAUAUCACAUGGACGAAAACGACCGUUGGUUUGAAUCUGCUCAAGCACAGAUGGAUGAUAUGGAGCAAAUGCUGAAUAAGCUUUUACGAGCCGUUGAAACGAUCGCAUCGCAUCGGCGUGAUCUGUGCGUAACAAAUGAGUCGUUCUCGAAGGCAUUAUCAAUGCUAGCAUCAUGCGAAGAGAACACAGCAUUAGCUCGUGCUUUGUCACAUCUUACAGAUGCAGAAGAGAAUGUUGCACAGCAACAUAGUGUACAAGCUGAACGUGAUACGGCACUACUCGCUGAACUUAUCAACGAACAAUUACAAAUCAUUCUGACGCUUAAGGAACUUUUCUUUGAACGGGUCAAGGUGUGGCAGAAUUGGCAAGUAGCACAACAAAAUCUGAGUAAGAAAAAAGAACAAAAAGCACGUUAUGAGUUGGCUGGAAGAAUGGAUAAAGCAAAUCAAGCGAAAGAUGAUGUUACAAAUGCCGAACGACAAGUGGAUGAAGUGGAACGUGAAUUUGCGGAAAUGAGUAAGGUGAUUCGCGGUGAGUAUGAGAGGUAUCUUGGUGAACGCAAAAUCGAUAUGCACAAUAUGUUUGUUCAGUACAUUGAGGCAUUACUUGAUACACAAAACAAAAUUUUACAACACUGGGAAAGAUUUGCACCUGAGACACGCGCUAUUGUGAUCGCAUGA